AUGGCGAACUCAGGACAAAAAGUGGUGCUAAUCACGGGUUGCUCCUCCGGGAUCGGGCUGAGGAUGGCGGUGAUGCUCGCUAAGGACGAGAAACAGCGCUUUCACGUCAUUGCCACCAUGCGAGACCUGAAGCGUAAAGACAAGCUGGUGGAGGCAGCAGGUGAUGCGUACGGGAAGAGCCUCUCUCUAGCUGUGUUGGACGUGUGUACGGACGAGUCAGUCAAACAGUGUAUCAACGGAAUCAAGGACAGACAUGUAGACGUACUCAUUAAUAAUGCAGGUAUAGGUCUGGUGGGACCGGUGGAAAGCAUCAGUAUAGCUGAGAUGAAGAGUGUGUUUGAGACCAACUUCUUCGGUGUGAUCCGGAUGAUCAAGGAGGUGAUGCCAGAUAUGAAGAAGAGGAAGGGAGGACACAUCAUAGUGGUCAGCAGUGUCAUGGGACUACAGGGUGUCGUGUUUAAUGACGUGUAUGCUGCCUCUAAGUUUGCAAUGGAAGGGUUUUGUGAGUGUCUGGCUGUACAGCUGCUCAAGUUUAACGUCACUAUGUCUAUGAUAGAGCCAGGCCCGGUCCAUACAGAGUUUGAAUCUAAGAUGAUUCAGGACGUCCGUCAGAAAGAGUUCCCUGGGGCCGAUGCCGAUACCGUCAACUACUUUAAAAACGUCUACCUGCCCUCCUCCGUCGACAUCUUUGAGACGCUAGGACAGACCCCCGAUGACAUUGCCAGGUGUACUAAGAAGGUGAUUGAGCAGGGCAGUUCUGCACGGUUCCGGAACCUUACCAACCCGCUGUACACGCCCAUCGUGGCACUGAAGUAUGCAGAUGAGACGGGCGGCCUGUCAGUGCACGCCUUCUACCAUAUGUUGUUCAACCUGGGGCCCCUGAUGCACGUUAGCAUGAAGGCUAUGCAGUACCUGACCUGUGGAUGUCUACGCUCCAGGACCAUCUCCCCUAACUAG